GUCACGCAGGGCGACCUGAGUCUGCUCUUGCGGGUGGCUGUCAACGACUUUUGCAUCCCCGACUUCCCCGCCUUCAAGGAACGCAUUAAACAGCUUUAUGAACAGUGCUCCGACUGCACCGAGGGUCAAGUGGCAAAUUACAUUCCCCAACUAGCCAAGGUUGAUCCGGAUCUCUGGGCCGUCUCCAUAUGUACCGUGGAUGGGCAAAGGUAA